AUGGGAAAAUCCUGUGUUUUGCUCACCCCCCCCCCUCUCCCCCACUCGGCUUGGUCUGAUCAACCAACGCCUUUUCAGUUUAAAAAUUCAAAAAAUAAAGAGCAAACACCAAAUAAAAGAGAGAAUGCCCCUUUUCAGACAGGCAUAUACUAUAUAAAUGUAAACACAAUUAUUUAAAUAAAUUUAAAAAAGAAGAGCAAAGAACAGCAAAGUAUUUGUGAGAGAAAAAACAGUCGGCACUAUCCUUACCCUUCUAUUUAAAUUUUUUUUUUACAAUUCUUCCCCUUUCUGUUUUUGCAAAAUAAAUUUAAAUUUUUCUUUCCAUUUCCCAAUCUUUAUUCUCCUGUCGAGGAGAAGCCAUUCCUCUAUUUAAAAAUUUUUUUUUGCACAUCUUUUAUUUUAAAUUUAUUUACAUUUUUGCACCUUUUUUUCAAAACAAUUUUAUUUUUAUUUUCAAAUAGCGCUAUUUGCCCCAACAUUUUUUCAAUCGCAUUUUUCCACAUAUAUUCUUUUAAUCUUUUGCCUUCUCUCUCUUUACAUUUCUUUCUCUUUUUUCUUUUAAAUUUUUUUGCCACUCCC